AUGGCUAGCCCUCCUGUACUAGCCUUUGAUGCUGAUGGCCGCCCAGUGAAGUUCGACACCUGGCUUGAUGACCUACACCUCUUCCUACAGCUCACUGCCAAGGAAGACAUCUCGCUGUACAAUCACGCCUUAGGCCACGCUACUGCUCCUGCUGCUACUGCUGACAGCACUGCCCGCUCACAGUGGCAGACUCGUGACGCCCAUGCUCGCUUCGCUAUUCGCAACUCUCUGCCGAUAGAUGAGCGCGAGCACUUUGGGCAGCACAAGACUGCGCAGGCACUGUACAUUGCUGUCGUUGCCCGCUACUCCUCACCGGCCUCUGCCGCUCUAGGCCGUCUCUCUCUUCCCUACCUGUUCCCCGACUUAGCUUCCUUUCACACAGUCGCUGAUCUCAUUACCCACCUCCGCACUAGUGAGGCUCGCUUCCGCGCCGCUAUGCCUGAUGAGUUCCUUGCCAAGAACCCACCCCCGCUCUGGCUCACUCUCUACCACCUAGUCACGCACCUCCCUGACACUCUGCGUUCGGUCUGGGACCACUUCCUAGCUCGCUGCCCCACCGAGCUCACCAUUGCCCUCCUCGAGAAGGAACUCCUUGCAGCUGAGGCUAGCAUAGUCGCUGUAGGUGCCUCUCGCGGUGACCCCCGUACCCCGUUCUUUGAGGGGUGUUCUCCCUCCCCCCUUCUUCCCUCUGUCGCCUCUGCUGCUGCUGUCGACCUCCUUGGUGCUGAGAAGGUCGGGACUGCGUCUACUUCGAGUGGGCGCCGCAGCGGCAAGGGCAAGGGGGGCAAGGGCGGUGGUGGUGACAGCGGGGGUGGCAGUGGUGGGGGAGGUGGUGGUGGCGGGGGGGGUGGCGCGGGUGGGGGAGGUGGCAGCAGUGGGGGGGGUGGCGGCAGCGGUGGGGGAGGUGGCCGGGGCGGAGGAGGUGGUGGGGGUGGCGGUGGACGAGGCAGCGGCCGGGGUUGGGGUGGUCGAGGAGGUGGUAGCGGCGGUGGUGGUCGUGGAGGCACUGGCGGUGGCCAGGGCCAGCAGCACACUCCGUCGCCCCAGGAGGUCCGUGAGUGGUACUCUCAGCACGAGGGGGGGGGUGGCCUUAGCUGCACGUACGUCAUUCGCACUGGUGACCGCACUGGCCAGCCAUGUGGGGGACCGCACGCCACACAGUGUUGUUUCGCUCGACUGAACGACGCUUGGCGUGUUCAGUUCCCUCAGGCCAUUGAGCUGCCCCGCUGGAUUGAUCUCCUGAAGAAGGGGAUUGAUAUCUAUGCUCUAGACUUUGAUGCUAUUCUCACUGCCAUGUAUGUGAUGUCUACUAGUGGAGAGGGUGCUGAGUACCUGAGUGUCCCGCCCGACCCGGGCAUUAGGACUAGUGCGUCUGCUGCUCCAGGUACUCGCGUGCCUACUACCCCAGGUGCUGGUGAGGCUGCUGCUCUAGGUGCUUGUACGUCUGCCCCCCCUAGUACUGUGUCGACUGCAGCACUGCACACCUUCACACUGGAUUCAGGUGCCUCUCGCUGUUUCUUUCGUGACCGCACUGCCCUUGAGCCGCUUGCUCGGCCAGUAGCUGUCUCCCUCGCUGACCCCUCUGGGGGUCCAGACGGGGGUGUUCACCAGUUCACCCCUGCCUACGAGCGUGUGACACACUGCACGUGUGCUCGUACGGGCCGUCACUUGGCUACCUUCACCCGGCAGCCGGGGUCGGACCUAUACACACUGACUACUGCCUCCCCUCAGGUCGCUGCGUCUGCGUCUGCGUUUGCGUCCGCGUCAGGUCAGCUGUCUGCCCCCUCCUCGUGUCGCUCUCUAGCGCACGAGACUGUCCUCUGGCACCACCGACUUGGCCACCCGUCUGUGCAGCGCCUUCGUGCCAUGCACUCCCGGUACCUUGUCUCUGGUCUUCCCAGGGUCCUCCCUCCCGUCCCACCCUCGCCUGCUCCUCCCUGCCUUCCCUGUGUCGAGGGGCGGCAGCGCGCCGCUCCUCACUCCUCCUCGUUUCCCCUGACGACUGCUCCUUUGCAGACGCUCCACAUGGACGUGUGGGGCCCAGCCCGCGUCCGUGGUCAGGGUCAGGAGAGGUACUUCCUGAUAGUUGUUGACGACUACUCGCGCUACACCACGGUCUUCCCCUUGCGCACCAAGGGUGAGGUCCCUGAUGUCUUGAUCCCUUGGAUCCGCAGAGCUCGUCUCCAGCUCAGUGAGCGUUUCCGCUCGGACUUUCCUGUCCUGCGCUUGCACUCUGACAAAGGUGGUGAGUUCUCCUCCGACCUCUUGGCAGCCUACUGUGCUGAGCACGGCAUUGAGCAGUCGUUCACGCUUCCGGCCUCUCCACAGCAGAAUGGGGUUGCGGAGCGCCGCAUUGGCCUGGUCAUGGAGAUCGCUCGUACCUCCUUGAUCCAUGCGGCUGCCCCCCACUUUCUGUGGCCGUUUGCGGUCCGGUACGCUGCGCAUCAGCUCAACCUCUGGCCCCGUGUCUCCUUGCCGGAGACCUCGCCCACACUGCUGUGGACGGGGGAGGUUGGCGAUGCGUCGCGUUUCCGAGUCUGGGGAUCUCGAGCUUUUGUCCGCGAUUCGUCUGCGGACAAGCUCUCCUCUCGUGCUGUUCCCUGCGUCUUCCUCGGCUUUGUUCCGGACGCGCCUGGUUGGCAGUUUUACCACGCCACCUCGCGCCGGGUCUUGCCCUCUCAGGACGUCACUUUUGACGAGUCUGUCCCCUACUACCGUCUCUUCCCCUACCGCACUGCCCCGCUCCCACCCCCGCCUCUCUUCCUCGCGCCAGGUGCUGCUGUCGUAGACCCCCUCCUCCCUCAGGGUGCCGCUCCCUCAGGUGUGUCUCAGGUAGACCCGGUCGAGCCUGUUGAGGUUGCUGUCGACUCUCGUCCUGCUGGGGGUGCUUAG